AUGAACUCCUCCUCGUCUUCUUCUUUGGUCCUGCUGGGCUUGGAGCAGUUGCGUCCGGUUGGCUGGCUGCUGUUGCUGCUGCUUCUGUUCGUGUGGCUCUUUGUGGUUCUGAGUGAUUCUCUCCUGAUCUUUGUCAUCAUUUCACGACGUGUUUUGCACAAACCCAUGUUUGUCUUCAUCGCCGCUGUUCUCGCAAACUCACUCAUAGCGAGCAGCAUCGUCUACCCGAAACUCCUGCGAGACUUGGGUCAGAUGGGUCUAAGUCCUGGUCCAGUCCGGGUCUCUGUGGGGGCCUGUCUGACACAGGCCUUUAUGCUGCAUGCCAUAGGCAGCUCCAGCUUCAUGCUGUUGGGGGCGAUGGCUCUGGACAGGUAUAUGUCCAUCACGUGUCCUCUGCAGUACACUGUCCUCAUGUCUCCUCACUGUGUGCUGACUCUUCUGCUGCUGUGCUGGCUCUGUCCUCCGGCUCUGGUUGGCUCAGCGAUCGCCCUGACGAGCCGCCUGCCACUUUGCUCCAGCACGGUGCAGCGGAUCUACUGUGACCCGUACACGGUGAUUAGUGUGGGCUGCCCAGGCGCCAUGGCACGGCUCACGGCGGCAUAUGGCCUCUUUGCGAUGGUGCUGGUGCUGUUCGUGCCCGGGUCGUUUGUGGUUUUCUCUUAUGGCAGGAUCCUGUGGGUUUGUCUGUUCCGCUCGCGCUCCUUUAGCCGUAAGGCUUUGCAGACGUGUGUGCCGCACAUCGCCGUGUUCCUCAACUACCUGCUGAGCACGGCCUUUGACCUGCUGCACCGCCGCGUGUCCACCGGUGCUGGAGCGAGCCACGCCAUGGAGGGUCUGGCCACUGCAGCCUCCCUGUUAACAGUGAUGAUUCCCACCGUGUUUAACCCGCUCGUGUACGGACUCAAAGUCUCUGAGAUUUACCAGCAGCUCGGCGCUGUGCUGCAGCGCUGA